AUGUCUAGUGGGGGCAAGAAAAGAAAAAAGAAACCUGUCAAAGUUUUACGGUACUUUCCACUUAAACCACGUUUGCAAAGGUUAUUUAUGUCUUCUAAAACUGCUGAACAUAUGAGGUGGCAUUCUGUGGAUAGUAACAAAGAUGGCUUGAUAAGGCACCCAAGAGACUCUGAGGCGUGGAAGAGAUUCGAUGAAACACACCUUGAAUUCGCAUCAGAUCCACGGAAUGUUAGGCUUGGGUUAGCUAGUGAUGGCUUUAAUCCUUUCAGAACUUUGAGUACCAACUAUAGCAUUUGGCCUGUGAUUCUUAUACCGUACAACUUACCCCCUUGGAUGUGUAUGAAGCAGACUUCCUUCAUCCUUUCAAUGAUCAUUCCGGGAAAGCAAAUGCCAGGGAAUGAUAUCGAUGUUUACUUACAACCCUUGAUUAAAGACUUGAAGGAUUUGUGGGAUGGUGGUGUGGAUACAUUUGACGCUUCACUCAAUCAAAUGUUUAAUAUGCGCGCUGCAUUGAUGUGGACAAUUAGUGAUUUUCCUGGGCUUGAGUUUAGGAAUCCACCAGUGGCACUAUUAGGUUUAGAGAUAUGCAAGCAGUUGGAAAAUGUUCAUGUUACAUUUGGGAAAGGGAUGGAGGUUGAAGAUAACAGAAAAAGAACUCACCAAAAAAAUAAUGUAGAAAGUGGUUGUCAACAAUGGAGAAAGAAAAGUAUAUUUUUCCAACUUCCUUAUUGGGAGUACAACUUGUUGCACCAUAACCUUGAUGUUAUGCACAUUGAGAAGAAUGUGUGUGAUAAUGUCUUGUACACCAUUCUCAAUGAAAGUGGAAAAACAAAAGAUAAUCUCAAUGCUCGAAAAGACUUGAAAGAGAUGGGCGUAAGAAGUGAUCUUUGGCCAAAUGAAAAUGGACAGUAUCGACCUACUUUAUUUACAAUGUCAAAUGCCCAAAAAGAUGUAUUCCUUACAACUUUGAAGAAUGUUUUAGUGCCUGAUGGUUACUCAAGUAACAUUGCUAGGUGUAUUGAUCUAAAGCAUCGGAAGAUAUUUGGUUUGAAAAGUCAUGAUUCACAUAUUCUUAUGGAGCAACUGCUACCAAUAUCAAUUAGAAAUGUGUUGCCUAACCAAGUGUCUGCCAUUUUAGUUGAUUUGUGCUCAAUAUUUAGGCAAAUAUGUGGCAAGGUGUUGAAUCCUCUAGACUUUGACAAGCUCCAACGUCGAGUCAUUCUCACACAAUGCCAUAUGGAAAUGCUUUUUCCGCCUGGGUUCUUUACAGUCAUGGUUCAUUUGGUUGUGCAUUUAGUGAAUGAACUGAAGCUUGGAGGCCUAGUACAUUAUCGAUGGAUGUAUCCUAUAGAAAGAUACUUGGGACAUUUGAAGUCCUAUGUACGUAACAGGGCACAACCAGAAGGUUCCAUUGCUGAAGGGAAAUCAGUUGGGAGUACUUCAUAUUUCAACCUUACUCAUAUUGAGAAACGACAAGCACACAGAUAUGUGUUGAUGAAUUCAGAACUAGUCGAUCGGUUUGUGAAGUGA